ACAACAUGCGUAUAUGCAGACAGUUUGACAGUUCAGUACCAUAUAUCAGUGUUUGUAAACAGAUUUGAUCGCCAAACAUCGUAAUCAUGUAUAGCUAGAACAAAUUUUGGAUUGAUUAUAGAAAAUUGCCUACGUGCAAGGCCAACAAAGACUUGUCAAUUUGCAAAGAUUGAUUGUUUGAUGGAGAUUAGAGGGAAUUCAACUGUGUGUAAUAGUUUGCCUUCGUGUACAGGGAACACUAUUAAAAAUGCCUUCGUUCGAGGGCAUAUCGCUGAAAGAUGUAUUGGCAAUGUCGGCUACCAUCUCAACAGUGCUGCAAUUUCUAACAGGAUCGGUAAUAUGUCACAGAUACAUUAGAAAAAAAUCUACUGGUGAAACGUCUGGCUUUCCAUUUGUGUCUGGAUUUUUAUCCUGCUUUCUGUGGUUGAAGUACGGCAUUCUUACUAGGGAGCAUACCGUAAUUUUCGUCAAUACUAUUGGUUCAGCGUUAUUUUUUUCUUAUGUUGUUAUUUAUUUCACAUUUUCCGUUAACAAACGAGUAGUUAUUCGCCAGUGUCUGGCAGUAUGCAGUUUUAUUUUGAUUUGCGCGCUUUACUCAACAUAUGAACCGGAUGUGGACAAAAUAAUCAGUGUUAUUGGUCUGAUAUGUUGUUGCGUGGGAGUUUUAUUUUUCGCUUCUCCUUUCACAAAGUUGGCGCAUGUGAUACGUACAAAAAACACCGAAAGUCUUCCAUUUCCCAUCAUUGUUGCUUCCUUUUUCGUGUCGCUUCAGUGGUUUGUUUACGGAUUGCUGAUCGAUGAUAGGUUUAUUCAGAUUCCAAAUCUUCUCGGGUGUAUUUUAUCGUCCACCCAGUUGUUCCUUUAUGUUGUUUACCCAAGUCGAAAAUUAUAUUCUGCCGGGGGUCCUGCUUAUCAACAACUGCGGCCGGAGGAUGGCGCCCCUUGAUCUCUAAUGUGCGGGCGUUCUAUUUUGCACGGCACCGCUAGUUACCUAAAUGCCAGUUGUUGAUGCAGUCACUGUAUUUCAAAUCAAUGUAAAAAUAUGUUGUAAGAUAUUAUGUAUAUAGUCAAGUGCAGUAGCAUCACAUUAAAGAACAGAAAA